UUAUGUAUAAUAUUUACAUGUUAUUAUUGUGGUAGGGUAACAUUUUCAACUAUGAUUUUUUUGUUGAUCCCCAUUCACUGGAAUAUCAGAAAACACUGGUGCUGCAGUGUAAUUGACAUAAACAAAAAAACAAUAAAAUAUUAUGACCCUCUCAUGGUAAGAUCACCAGGAGUUUUCAAGAAGAUCAGGGAUUGUUUCACGUAUGAAGCCAAUGAAUUAAAGACAAGCUUUUUAGAAGAUGAUUGGAAAGAUGUUGUUGUGACAUCACAAGAUGCUCCACAGCAGCUAGACUCUUCCAGUUGUGGUGUAUAUUCCUUGUUGUAUAUGAGAAACGAGGCACUAGGAAGUUCUGUCAUUAAAUCUAUCAGCGAGAAAAACAUCAUUGAAAUCCGAUCUUGGUUUGCUUACAGACUUCUGCAACAUGCAGAAAUUGAAUCUCCAGCAAAGAAAAGGCACGUACAAAGAAAGUCUGACAGUCUACAACUGUCAUCAACUAAAGAGAUAGUGGAUCUUACAGACACUGCUAACGUCCAGCAAUGCAAAACAAUAAGAAAACAAUCAAUGUCAUUCACUAUACAAGAAUUCCAACAGCUGCUACCAAAGUUCAAGGAUACAAUUUGUGAUAUCUACCUCGGAAAAGUUUUUUCUGAAAGACAUUACCUCUUCAUCAAGGGAAAACAGUCUCGUGAGCGGACUAAAAUGAUGUGGCUGCCAGAGAGAUGGUCAGAGUGUGACGACAAUGUAAGUGGUGUAUGCUUUGAGAUCUACAAAUUGUUAGACUCUGUAAUGGGACAAGAAGAAGCCUCACUAACAAGAAUGUCCUAUGUCAUGUCUGUCUCAUUUCCAGAGGCUGCCAAUCAUGCUAUUAUGAGGAAGUACGAGAUUGACUAUACCACAGCAAACGAAUUCUUGUACAAGUAAAAUUGUGCAAACUUUCUAGAAAUUAAGUCACUAAAGAUUUGGGAUGUUGAGUAAACGUGCAAUCCGAAGAGUUGCUUACCAGAUCCCUGUGCAGGAGCAAUAAGCAAAUGAUAAAUCCUCAUUCUGCAUCUAUCUUCUACCACCUAAUUAGACGAUGGUUUGUUUUAACCUAAGUAAGAGUGUACAGAA